GCGCUCUGCGCCUCUUGUUUCUCUCUCUUCUCCCUAGGUUUCAGUUUAUAACUGGGGUUUGUUUCCCCUUUAUCUCUGGUUCAGCUUCCUUUUCCUGUUUGGUUUUAAGUAGAGUCUAAAAAUCAAGUUGCUGCCCUCCGGGGGUCUGUGGUCCUCUAAUCGACAUAGCCUGUGGGGAGUACAGGACUCACCUCCUCAGGGUUCCCUGUGCUGAAGCCUUUCAGCCAUGGCCACUGGUGAACAGAGUAUCUGCCAAGCCCGGGCUUCCGUGAUGGUCUACGAUGACACCAGUAAGAAAUGGGUGCCCAUCAAACCUGGCCAGCAGGGAUUCAGCCGGAUAAACAUCUACCACAACACUGCCAGCAACACCUUCAGAGUCGUCGGGGUCAAGCUUCAGGAUCAGCAGGUUGUGAUCAAUUAUUCAAUCGUGAAAGGGCUGAAGUACAAUCAGGCGACGCCGACCUUCCACCAGUGGCGAGAUGCCCGCCAAGUGUACGGCUUGAACUUUGCAAGUAAGGAAGAGGCAACCACCUUCUCCAAUGCCAUGCUGUUUGCCCUGAACAUCAUGAAUUCCCAAGAAGGAGGCCCCUCCACCCAGCGUCAGGUGCAGAAUGGCCCCUCUCCUGAAGAGAUGGACAUCCAGAGAAGACAAGUGAUGGAGCAGCAGCACCAGCAACAGCGUCAGGAGUCUCUAGAGAGAAGAACUUCAGCCACAGGACCCAUCCUCCCACCGGGGCACCCCUCAUCUGCAGCCAGCGCCCCCCUCUCAUGUAGCGGACCCCCGCCCCCGCCCCCACCCCCUGUCCCGCCUCCACCCACGGGGGCCACCCCCCCACCCCCACCCCCACUGCCAGCCGGAGGAGCACAGGGUGCCAGCCAUGACGAGAGCUCCAUGUCCGGCCUGGCUGCCGCCUUGGCUGGGGCCAAGCUGAGGAGAGUCCAGCGGCCAGAAGAUGCCUCUGGAGGCUCCAGCCCCAGCGGGACCUCCAAGUCUGACGCCAACCGGGCGAGCAGUGGGGGUGGAGGAGGAGGCCUCAUGGAAGAAAUGAACAAGCUGCUGGCCAAGAGGAGAAAAGCAGCCUCCCAAACAGACAAGCCGGCUGAUAAAAAGGAAGACGAAAGCCAAGCGGAAGAGCCGAGCACCUCUCCAUCUCCCGGGACCCGAGCAGCCAGCCAGCCACCUAACUCCUCAGAGACUGGCCGGAAGCCCUGGGAGCGGAGCAACUCGGUGGAGAAGCCUGUGUCCUCGCUGCUGUCCAGAACCCCGUCUGUGGCCAAGAGCCCCGAAGCUAAGAGCCCCCUUCAGGCGCAGCCUCACUCUAGGAUGAAGCCGGUGGGGAGCGUGAAUGACGUGGCCUUGGAUGCCUUAGAUUUGGAUCGGAUGAAACAGGAGAUCCUCGAGGAGGUAGUCCGAGAGCUCCACAAAGUGAAGGAGGAAAUCAUCGACGCCAUCAGGCAGGAGCUGAGCGGGAUCAGCACCUCGUAGCGGCCUGGCCCCGCCGCCGAGACGCCAGGCCAGGCCCGCGACGGCGGGGGACGGCGCACGCAAGCUCGCGCUGGAGCCGGAGGGGCUUCGUUUCAAAGUCUUAACCUGUGAUGAAAUAUUAAAAUGAGGAAACAAGUUCAACUUCUGGAUUUUUUUAGAUUCUACCUGACACAGAACUCCAGGUCUACUCGCCUUUUUUGUAUUUUAUAUUUGCCUAUUUAAGUGUACAUUUCUUUUGGUUUAUAGAGGACUCCCCGAAUCACGCGCUUCAUUAGAUGGUUUCCGAGUUUUCUCCUAGGUGAUGCUGUGAGCAGCCUGGCCGGCAGUGGCGAGCCGUCCCCAGCGGCGUGGCGCAUCUGUCCACGCACUGCGCUGCCUGUGUCCACGUGGUAAUAAACGCUUACUGUCCACA